AUGAGUGAGCGUGUCCGUCUUCGCUGUCAUUGUGCUGUCGCGGAGGGCGCGCGGCUGUCCCCUCAGGAGGUUCUGGAGCUCGCAGCAGUUGACGCGUAUGCGUUGCGCGUCUCGCGUGUUUUAGUCUUUUGGCUGUCCUAUCUGUGCGUGCGCUCCAGGCUGAGCCCCUCGACGCCCAGGAAGCUUCUCGUCGGCGCUCUCCCCUGCGACAAGAUGACUUUCCUCGGAGGCGUCCGCUGGGCGGACCUCAGCAGCGACACGCAGUCACUGUCGGCGUUGCCUAGUACCCCGAAGUGCGCGGGCGGCGGCAUGAGCGUCGCCUCCUCUGCGGCCGCUGCGGCCCUGUUGCUUCAGAACGAGGCGGCCGAUCACUCAUACCUGAAUCCUUCCUCCUGCGCCGCCGAGUUCGAGAACAGCAGCGCAGGCCUCAACCUGCACUUCAGGAAUGCCGCCAUCCUGGGCGGCCCUGACGCAGUCCUCGACGUCCCCUGCGCCGCCGCGUCGUCCGGAGACUGCGAGGCGGCCUGCCUGCCGCAUUGGACGGAGGCGGGCAAGAAGGGCGCAGCAGGAGCGGCGGGUUGUGCGCCGGGCGCUUCGACGACGCCCGGGUUCAAAGGUCUCCUCGGCUCCUCCUCCUCGUCCUCUCACGCGCACGACGCCGCCGCGGGCGAGGGUGUGCGGGGCGGUGCCUCCGCUGCGUCCGCCGCGGCGGCGACCAGCCUCGGCGACCGCUCCGCGUCUGGCGCUGCGUCGAAACGAACGAGUGACAGGCACCUCCCCGCUGUCGCUUCUUCUGCCCUCGCCGCAGCAGGUGUUGGCAGCAAAACUGCAGGCGGCAAGGCCCGCCCGACGACCCCUUCUGCGGCGGCCGGCGGCGCAGCUGUGGGCGACGGGACUCGCGGGGUCCACGGCUCCAAGGCUGCGGCGACUCACGCGAGAGCGCCAGCCAGCUCCGAAGACGCCGAAGUCUCCAGCUGGCGACAGGUCAGUCGGCGCUUCGGCCCGCGCGAGCCCGCCGCCGCGCGCGCGCCGGCGCUGACGCCCGCCAAACGCAAUCGGCGGACUUCCGGCGGCGGCUGCCGCGGCUCGAGUGUGACUCUGUUGGGGCGCCGCGACCUCGACGAGGAGGCAGACGAGGAGGCGAAGGCUGCGGGCUCUGAGGAAGGGGCGCCGAGUGGAGGGAUGGCUCACGCGCAGCAGCCUCCCUCCAAAAAGAAACGCUCUCUGCAUCCUUCCCAGACUCACGCGCGCGGCGCCGGCGGAGAUGGACAGCCGGACGACGACAGAGACAUGCGCAGCGAGGCGGUCGCGCCCUUCAAAGGCUCAGAGAGGGCCUUUUCAGGGUUGAGCAGCAAGCGGGGCAGCGCGUCCACAGCCAUUCCGGGCUUCGUGUCGCACAUGUUCAUCCCUACGCUGGCGUCCUCGGCGGGCGGCGCGGCGGUCACGCCGGCGACCCUCGGGCUCUCUCUGCUGCCGCACCCGAACGCGAAGGCUGGAGGCGAGGCCGAAGACGACGAGGACGAAUGGGCGAGGCGUGAGUCCGCGCGCAUGAAGGACAUUGCGAUCGGCAAGGCGACGCAGGGAUACCGCAACUUCAUCCGCGCCGUUCCGAAGGACGAACGCGGAGACGGGGACCCCGCGACGCCCGAUCCGAAGCAGCGCUGCAGUAAAGCCCAGUUCCAGAGGGAAUACCAGGACUGGAGGAAACAGCUGCACCGAUAUGACUCGUGCAGCGUGCGCGGCAUGUCGCCCGCGGAGCCUGCGGCAGGCGAGGCGGAGAGGGCCGCCGCAGCGCGGCAGACAGGGGGCAGGGACGCGGCCGAAGAGGGCGCGAUGAGUGAGGCGAAGGCGGGAGAAGCGCCAGAGAACGGCGAGGAGAUCGCUGAGGAGUUUGCAGACGAAACAGAUCCGAUUCUCGAGUUCAACCGAGAGUGCGAACUCGCGGGUCUGUGA